UUAUGAGCUAGCUCGUACUCGGGCGCGACUAUUUUUUUUUGUGUUACGUGGCCAACGACCUUCAAAGUGUUAAUCAUCAUUUGUAAAUAAUAAUAAAAGAAGAAUCUCACGGAAUUAUGUCAGGAACUGUUUUAGUGACGGGCGGUGCGGGCUACAUUGGGUCCCACUGCGUCGUGAGUCUGCUGGAGGCGGGCUUUGAGGUUGUUGCGCUCGACAACUUUUCGAACUCGGUGAAUACGGCGAAGAACGAGUCGGUGGCAUUGAAGCGCGUGGAAGAGAUUACCGGGAAAAAAGUGACAUUUUACAAGUGCGAUUUGCUGAAUGAAGGUGAAGUGGAGGAGAUUUUCAAGAAUCAUGUCAUCGAUUCGGUCAUUCAUUUUGCGGCGGUGAAGGCUGUCGGCGAAUCGAUGAUUAAGCCGUUGUCGUACUACAAGAACAAUAUGAUCGGCAUGAUAAACUUGCUGGAGAUAAUGAAGAAGUACAAUGUGUUCAAAUUGGUGUUUUCGAGCUCGUGUACCGUGUAUGGAGAACCCGAGAAACUUCCCAUCACCGAAGACUGUUUCACCGGGAAAAAUAUCACGAAUGUCUAUGGUCGCACGAAAUUCUUCAUCGAGGAAAUGUUACGAGAUAUUUCUGUCGCAGAGUCAAAUUGGAAGAUCAUCUCGUUGCGAUACUUUAAUCCGGUGGGUGCUCAUCAAUCUGGUCGCAUUGGCGAAGAUCCAACGAAAGAAUUUGCCAAUAUUAUGCCGUACUUGAGCCAUGUCGCACUCGGUAAGAAACGUGAGCUGACCAUUUUUGGCAACGAUUAUGAUACACCUGAUGGCACGGGCGUGCGUGAUUACAUUCAUGUGAUGGACUUGGCUGACGGUCAUGUAGCAGCAUUACAAAAACUAACAACAAUGGAAAACUGCAUCAAAUUCUACAACUUGGGCACAGGACGCGGCGUGUCCGUGAUGGAACUCGUCAAGACCUUCGAGCGUGUCAAUAACGUUCAGGUGCCUUAUCGCAUCGAAGCACGUCGCUUAGGCGACAUUUCUGUCAUGUAUGCCGAUCCAACGCUGGCACGAACGGAAUUGGGUUGGAGUGCACGCUUCACAAUCGACGAAAUGUGCCGCGAUUUCUGGAAAUGGCAAACGAUGAAUCCCCAAGGGUACCGGAGCGAAAUUAUAAAUGGGCAUCACUGAGCUACUUUUCGUUUUUCUUUAUUAAAUUUUAUAUUAAUUAACAACUCUCACGACUACUUUGCAGUUUAUAUGGAUAAAAAAUUAGAUAUUUUUCAAGUAUUAAAGUCUUCACAGGGGAUUGAAAUCAAAUAAUUCGUCGUCGUCUUCUUUCCAUUUCACAAAAUGAAUAAUUAUUUGCUAUUUAUCAACACGUUCAAAUAUCACAUUCCCCCUUUUGGAUUAUUUUUUCAUGUAAUUUUUUUUUUUGAAGAAAUCUCGAAAAUGACGCUUUUAGCAAAGUAAUCAAACACUUGAUUUUUUUGCCCGUGCUUCGUUGUUGUACUUUAUCUGCCACAUACACAGUCAUUUUUCAAGCGAUCCCCUAGUUUCGCCUAACACUUCUUUUUCUUCGGAAGCUCAAUGAAUGUUUGUACAAAAAAAAAUGUACAUCGAACACUUAUUGAAAUAUGUCUUUAUU